AAAAAAAAGAGAGAAGUUACAAAUAAUGAAAAUCAGAAAUGAAAGGGGGGACAUUACUACUGACCCCAAUGAAAUAAAAAGGACUAUAAGAGGAUAUUAUGGACUUACCUGGCCAUGGACACCACUGGUGGUGCCUGCCUCCCGCAUGUCACCACCGCUGUUCUUGGCAGUGCCUCCCAUUGGUGGUGGCUCCUCGCCCGACCUCACAUGGGAGCCUGUGGGCUCCUGGGGACCCAGAGGUCUGGUGGGAGUGCAGGGGCAAGCUGGGUGCUGAGCAUGUCAGUGCUGGCAUGGAGCAGCUCAGAAGAUAAAAUAACAAUACACUUUAUAAACCAUGAUGGUGAAACAGUAAUAACCAAAGGAAAAAUUGGUGACUCUUUGCUAGAUGCUGUGGUUGAAAAUAAUUCAGAUAUUGAUGGUUUUGGUGCAUGUGAGGGAACCUUAGCCUGGUCUACCUGCCACCUCAUCUUUGAAGAACACAUAUUUGAGAAGUUAAAAGCAAUCACUGAUGAGGAGAAUUACAUGCUUGAUCUGGCCUAUGGAAUAACAGACACAUGAAAAUUGGGCUGCCGAAUACGUUUGACAAAGUCUAUGGACAAUACAACUGUUUGAGUACCUUAUGCAGUGGCUGAUGCCACACAAUCCAUUGAUUUGGGCAAGAACUCCUAAGCUAGAGUAAACAGGAAUAUUUUCAUGAAAUGUUACUUAUUUUGAUAAUUAUUAUUUCUUAAUGUAAUUAAAUGAGACAUGGAUUUGUUGUUAUAACUGGCUUUACUAUUUUAAUUCACCUUGUAUAAUGACUGAAUUUUGUAGUUCUGGAAGUGUACAAUCUUUAUUUUGGUUAAAUUAUAAAAAUGUCAAGCAAAUAUUAUAAAAGUUAAUAUGAUAAAACCCAACAUAUUUUACCUUAUUUUUGUUUAGUUAAUCUUAUGUCUGCUUACCUAUAAGGUAGGUUAAAAAGCUGUUAUUAGACCUGUUUGAUCUGGAUGAAGGUGGGGAUCUAAAAUGGCUUGUCUAGGGCCAUAAAACUAAUUAAAAGAUCUGGUACUAGAAACCACAUGUUGUCACUACAAGUUAAAUGUGCACACUGAAACUGGAAAAAUUAUGUAUAUCUUAGAGCAGUGAUUAAAUAUGAAUGCACAUGGACAAAAAUAUUUAGUUGAUCAGUGAACAAUUUCAAAGACAGUUAUUAACCUAUUUUCAAAGACAAUUAUUAAUAUUACAAAGAAAUAUUCCAAAAUGAUUCAUUGGGAAGUAAAGUCUGAACAUAUGCAUUAUAACACUAUGAAAGAAGUUUGACCUCUGUUCUGACAGUA